GCCGGUCAGACACAUGCUGCGGUAGGGCUCCAACAGGGGAAUGUAGUGCAGAUACUGUCUGCCUAACUGAUGAGUGGGUCAGACACCGAUGAGGGUCGAGUUGACAAUGUGAGACUUACACGUUCGGGAGCACUUAGGGUCCCGCACGUGUACCAGGCCUUAGAACCGGAAGACGAACGACGGAUACGUGCCGAAUACAGAGCCCGGGCGCUAGCAGCAGGGAUAGCAGCAGCAAACGCAGCAGCUAGAGAGCAGGCAGCCGUAGCCAGAGCAUUAGCAAUGGCUAAUGGCACAAGCUCUGCUGCGUCAUCAUCUGCAUCCUCGUCUGCAUCCUCGUCAGGGACCAAUGGGACCCUGUUGGGAAUGCCGCAGGGUACUUCCGGGGCAGUAAGUUCUAGUCAGUCCACAAGUCAAAUGGCGGGCUCGCAGUUUAGCCCGUUGACCCCACGCGGCAGGGAGCUUUUAGAGUUCCAACAGGUCGAGAGGAUCCGCUUGAAGUUAGAGAGGGAACUGAAGCAAGCAACCGACAGAGAAAACGAGAUCAAACGAAGAGCAGCCAGGCUUGAAACGUUAGAGGCAGACAAAGCUGAGUUAGAGGGAUUGGAUGAGUCAGGAUUGUCUGACCCAAUGAAAGUCUUGAAGAACAAUAUGUUGUCGCUGCAUGCGCACGUGGACAACCGAUUGGACUUCAUGCAGAGCACCCUAGACCAGAUCCUGGACAUUUUGCAAAGGCGAGGAUUUCGGCCGCCAGCACAGUCGCCGUUGCCGUUAACGGCGAUGUCUGGCCCCUUUCCCGUACAAGCUGGCACACAACCAAGUGGCACGUCUGCAGCAACUGCACAGACUGUUGCUUCUCCUCUUCGGGUCCAGCAGUGGGUGCUACACCACGACAACAACCUGUUCCGCAACAGGGACAGCCACAAGAAUGAUGCAAGGAAGAAGAAGAGUCCGCAGGAAUGGAAGAAGAAGGGGGCGAAGUUGAUGAUGGCUGAGUCCGAUGGGACUCAAACAGAAAUUGAUGAGCUCACAGACCUGUUGGACGGUUCAGAGUACGACGGCGAGGAGAUCGCUGAGGGUAGCACCCUCGCCGCAGUAGUUAAGGAUAAGGAUCCUGACCCGGAUCAGGACCCAGAGGAGAAUGAGCUUCAGUCACUUGCUGCUUUCUUCGUCAUCUGAAAGAACAAAAGAAAAGUAAGUCUGAUCUCAUCCUACUUCGGCCCCUAAUCAAUCACAUCAGAAUCA